GAGCAUGAGCAUGGGCUGCGGGUGGUGGCGGCUGCUGGGGUCGAGGGGGCUGAUGUGCCCGCUGCUCCCGCUGCUCCUGCACCUCGCCAGCAGCCAGGAGCCCCUCAGCAUGGCGGGGAGGUGUGACACCAUCUACAGGGGCUUUGCUGCCUGCCUGAUCAGCCUGGGGGACAGCAUGGCCCAGAGUGUCCGGAGGCAGCGGGAGGAGGGCAGCGAGGACCUGCAGGAGCUGGACACCAUCUGCAACUCCUGGGAUGACUUCCACUCCUGUGCCACCCAAGUGCUCUCCAGCUGUCCCCAGGAUGCUGCUGCCAUCUGGGAAUCCCUGCGCCAGGAAUCCCGCAAGAUCCAGUUCCAGGGGAACCUGCAGGAGCUCUGCAGUGCCCGGGGGCUCCUGCCCAGCACCCACCCGGACACUGAGACCAACCAGGACACACUGAGGGGCUCAGCCCCUGCCCCGCAGCCCCGGCUCCUGGCACUGCUGUCCCUCCUGUCCCUCCUGUCC